AUGGCUUUACAGGCGGCUGAAGACACGAUGGCCCAACGUGCAGCUGGGCAACUCAUCAAGCGGGUGCUGAUGGUCCCGCCGGAGCACUUUACUGUCGAGUAUGCCAUCAACCCGUGGAUGGGCGGCGUGGUCGACAAGGCGAAGGCAAACCAGCAGUGGAAUGCUCUGAAGUCUGCAAUUGAAAAAGAGGGCGUGCAGGUGCUAACCCUGGAGCAGCAAAAGGGCCUUCCCGAUCAAGUGUUCGUCUGCAACAGCGGUCUGGUGCUCGGUGACAAGGUCUAUCUCAGCCGUUUCCGCCAUAAGGAAAGGACCGGCGAACAGGAGCACUAUCUCAAGUGGUUCAAGGCCAACGGCUUCAAGACGACCGGCGAAGAUUAUCCUGAGUAUUUCGAAGGAGGCGGUGAUGCUGUCUUCUCCGACUACAAAACUCUCUGGGCGGGUUACGGCGCUCGCAGCAGCAAGGGCGUCUAUGAUCGCGUGAAGUCCAUCGGCGAUUUCGAGGUGGUGAUUUGCGAUCUGACCGACCCCGCGUUCUACCAUCUGGAUACCUGCUUCGCCCCGGUUGAUGAGAAGACGGCUCUUUGGUACCCGCCGGCUUUCAGCGAGAACACGAAGAAAGAGAUUCUGCGGCGUCUGCCUAAUUCGAUUGCCGUAUCGAAGGAAGAAGCCAACGCUUUCGUUUGCAACGCCAUCACCAUUCGCAACACGGUCAUCUCACCGAUCGGCGUAGCCCAGGCUACCCGUGAUGCGCUGAAGUCGCGUGGAUUUGGGGUUACGGAGGUCGACAUGAGCGAGUUCAUGAAGAGCGGCGGCGCCUGUCAAUGCCUUGUGCUUCGCCUC